UUCGGCCUUGACGUUUCCCUCAAUACACCCAGCUUUCACUGUCAUAUAGCAAAAACGUAUCAAACUCUGACUGUUUCUCUUAUAAUUUUGUGAACUGUCAAGUAUUGUUCUCGCAUCUGCUAAAUUAAGCAUUUUUUUCCAUGUCUGGUUGAGGGUCGAGACGCGGGCGAAUGCUCCUCACAUGACUGGACUUCCAGGAAGGUGUUGUGGCUGCAGCGCGACUCCUCCCCAUCAGGAUGACUGCUGUGGCCCCCGUGGAGCACAGCACGGUGCCCAGGGAGCUGCAGUUCAAGGUGCUGGUCAUCGGAGAGUUUGGUGUGGGGAAGACGGCAGUUAUCAGGAGGUACACAGAAGGUCACUUCAGUCCUUACUACAAGCUUACCAUUGGGGUAGACUUUGCUGUGAAGACUCUGGACUGGGAUGCCAAGACCAAAGUUACAGUUCAGCUUUGGGACAUUGCUGGGCACGAGAGAUUUGGCCACAUGACUAGAGUUUACUACAAAUAUGCCGUGGCAGCUGUGGUGGUGUUUGAUCUCUCCAGACCCCCGACGUUUGAUGCUGUGUUGAAGUGGGUGAGUGACAUUAGGGAGAAGGUGACCUUGGGUGAUGGCCGUCCUCUUCCUGUCCUGCUGCUUGCAAACAAGUGUGACAUUGAUUCCAUCACCAUCCAUCCUGAUGUGAUCUCAAAUUUCUGUAAGCAGCACCACAUUGAUGCCUGGUUCCUCACCUCAGCCAAGGAGGACAUCAAUAUUGGAGAUGCCAUGAAGUGGCUGGUGGGACGAAUCCUUGAGGUCCGGUCAAACUCUCUUGGCCCAGCCCCUAUAGUACGAACACUGGCUCCAGAGGAUCCUCCAGAGAAGACCCCUACCUACUGCUGCAGGUGAGGGGAGAGUCGAAACAUGUUGGUCACAAGCAGCAGCUGAUUUAGUGCCUCACUGCUUGGGCAGUGUGAUGCUGUGGGUGCCAGCUGACCAGCCUUGCUGUGGGAGCAGCUUUGCAGAGGCACUGUGCCGGGCAAAGCCAAGCCAAGCAACAUUGCCACGAGGCCGUGAGUGCUGAUUCAACAUGGUAUGUACUUCAGCUACAGAAAGAUGGAAGCUGCUGGGACAGAUUUUUGUUACUUUUCUCACUUCAUUCAUUUGGAAAGAUGUAAAAGUGGUGUAUUUUUUUAUCUUAUUUAAGAUUUUAUGUGCUGCUUUGUGUUGUCUAGUCAUCAAUAAUAUGAUUUUAUAGAUAUUUUAUUACAAAAGUGCAGUAUUCUUAUAAUUUUAAUGAUAAUUAUGAUGCUUACUUUAGGUUAUAUAUUUUUAUUUAUAAGGUAUUUGUUUUAAGUAGAAUAUGUUCUGUUCCUGUACUUCAGCUCUCUGGCUGAGUUGUUAUUCUUCCAGCAGCAUAAAGAUUGUAUUUGUGAAGUGCCUGAC